AUGUGGUGUGGUCUGCUGUCUGAAGGUAGGUAGGGCAAGUAGACUGUGGUGUGUGCAAACAUAUCCUACCACAGUAGCUGUCUCACCAGCCAGGAGCCCAGCAGUGUCAAUGCGACUCGCCUCUGUUCUCGGAAACAACCCUGUCAAACGUCAGAGAACAGCGGAGAGUUUAACGUUUCAAAAGUCUCGGCUCAGAGGAAAUGUAGGCUAUGUGUGUCGUCACAGCCAAACGAGACGGUGCACUUCGACAACGUUAACAUUACAGCAACUGCAACGGCGUGGAAGAUAUUUCUCAUAGAUGUCCACUCAAUUGGAAAGAGGCCUACAGCUAGAGAAGACCAGACUUAAUGCGCUGCAACUCGAAUUGGGUGAGGAGAUUGAUGUUGAGAGUCUUGACGGAUGCCUGCCCGAGGGGCGGCACGGCGACGUGGAGAAAGGAGCGAAGGUGGCCGAGGAGCAGACAGCGACGCAGCGCAAAAUGACCCGCAGCCCCAAAUGCGCCCGCUGUCGGAACCACGGCGUCGUGUCUUGUCUCAAAGGCCACAAACGCUUCUGUCGCUGGCGUGACUGCCAGUGCACAAACUGUAUGCUCGUGGUGGAGCGGCAGCGGGUGAUGGCUGCGCAAGUCGCCCUGCGGAGACAACAGGCGACAGAGGGUAAGAAAGUGAUCAGGGGAGCAGCCACACCAUUCCGUCGCACCGCUUAUCAGCGCUACACCAGAGCACCUAGCAUCUUAGCAAAGAGUAUCCUAGAGGGGUACAAACUCCCUAUGGCGGAGGACGGCCCCUGGUCCAAGCGACGUCACUGCCCCUCUGUCAGUGCCAGGAUGAGGAAGAGGAGGGCGUUUGCUGAUAAGGAGCUGGAGAGUGUGAUGCUGGAGAGAGAGCUGAGGCAGAGAGAGCUGGAGGACAUAUCAGGUCUCACCCUGCUUCACCCCCCGGCCCUGGCAGUGAUGCCCGCCUCCCCCCACCACUGCUGCCCACACAAGGACCAUGGGGCAUCCACCUACGUACCUGUGUACAAAUACAAACCGGGCCCUGUGCUGUAUGAGUGUGACUUCCACUGCUACCAGGAAGAGCUCAAGGCCAGAUCAGCAGAAAGCGGUUAUAAUUAUGGUCAGUUCAUGUCAAAGUGUAACUCUAACUCUGGGGUUCUGGAACACAUGGAGCAAGCCAGGGAGAGAGCACUGGAGAGCUGGGAGUGCUCCAGGAAGAGGGAGAGCUGUCGAGAGCCGUUACCCGUGCCCUUACUACAACUACAACAGCGGGGGAGUAGUUAUUCUGAAGGCUCAGCUGAUCUGGACAAGGAUAAGGCCGUGCCAAAAUGGGUCAAAGACGAUCCAACCGUUCCAAUGGCCAUCAUGCCAAAAAUAGCCAUCACACACUCUGACUCUCCCUCUGAACCAAAGCAUAUGUUUCAGGGAGAGGUAGAACCCUACAGACCCAGCAGGUUCCCAGAGCCUCACUUCCUCACACCCAAGGACUGGUCAGCAGGUGGGAUUAGGCAUCAUGACAGGCCUCAGAUCAACUCAAUGAAACCCACAGUGGUGAGGCGGCCAUUACCGUUCUCAGUAGAGUCAUUGCUGAGGGCCUGAGGAACUCAUGUCCAUAAGUGCAUUUUCUAACAACACUGGUUACUGUAAAAUACAUAACUAGUGAAAUAAUGUAUUUAAGAAAAUAAGUAUAUCCAAAUCUAUGUCAGUAUUUAGUUUUAAAAAAUGUGCUCAGCAUUUUUCAAAGGAUUGUAAGAUAGUAUUUUUAGAGCACAAGGUACAUGUAUACAGUGGGAUCCAAAAUAAAUGACACCCUUGAUAAAGAUGAGCAAUAAUGACUGUUGUAUAAAGUAAAUAAUAAAGAUUCUCUGCUAUAAUGUGCAGUGCCUUCAGGAAGUGUUCAUACCCCUGGACUUUUUCACAUUUUGUUGUGUUGCAGCCUGAAUUCAAAAUGGAUUUAAUUGUUGUUGUUUUUCUCACCCAAUACCCCAUAAUAACAAACAGAUUUUUUUGUUUGACCAAAUACAGAAAUAUCUCAUUUACAUAAGUAUUCACACGCUAUGACACUCCAAAUUGAGCUCAGGUGCAUCCAAUUUCCUUUGAUCAUCCUUGAGAUGUCACCACAACUUCAUUGGAGUCCACCUGUGGCCAGUUCAAUUGUUUGGACAUGAUUUAGAAAGAAACACAUCUGUCUAAGGUCCCACAGUUGACAGUGCAUGUCAGAGCAGAAACUAUACUAUGAAGUCCAAGGAACUGUCCGUAGAUCUCCUAAAUAUAAUUGUGAUGAGGCAUAUACAGUACCUGGGAAGAGUGUGAAACCAUUUCUAGAGUGUUGAAAGUUUUCAAGAGCACAGUGAUGACCAACAACUCAUUGACCACUCGGACAGAACUGCAUAGUUCCUUGGCUGUCAUGGAAGAACCUGCCAGAAGGACAACAGUCUCUACAGCACUUAACCAAUCUGGGCUUUAUGGGAGAGUGGCCAGACGGAAGCCAAUCCUGAUAUAAAAGAAACACGACAGCAGGCCUGGAGUUUGCAAAAAAGGCACGUGAAAGACAUAGGCAAAAGAUUCUGUGGUCUGAUGAGACUAUUUGGCCUGAAAAUGUAACUAUUUGGCCUGACUGCAAAGCGCUAUUGUCUGGAGAAAACAAGGCAAGCUCAUCACCUGUUUAACAUGGCAGCAUCAUGCUAUGGGGAUGCUUUUCAGCAGCAGGGACUGGGAGACUGGUAAGGAUAGAGGGAACAAUAAAUGGAGCCAAAUACAGGCAAAUCCUUGACGACAACCUGCUUCAGAGUGCAAACAACCUUAGACUGGGGGCGAACAUUUACUUUCAAACCGAACAAUGAUCCCAAGCAUACAGCCAAAGCAACGCUGGAAUGGCUUCAGAACAAGAAUGUGAAAGUCCUUAAGUGGCCCAACCAAAGCCCAGAUUUGAAUCCCAUUGAGAAUCUUGAAGAUAGCCGUUUUACCACCCUCCCCUUCUAAUUUAACAAAGCUUGAGAAAAUCUGCAAGGAAGAAUGGGAGAAAAUCGUUUGUUUCGAAUCACAGUAUCCACACUGCCUGCUCCGGUCCUCCCUCUCAGGGCUAACACUGUCAAAAUAAACUCUGUGGUGUUCAAAAAUCCCUUUAAUUCUAAAGAAAACUAACAAAGAAAGGAGUACAUGGGGAGGCAGGUGGCCUGCAGCUCUCAGAGAGAGAAAGAACAUUAGAAACCAAAGAGAAAC